CUCCUGCAGGAGAAGAAGAGGCUGCUCCUCCGUGUCGACUGUCCGCCUCAGCACCACACGCCUCCGGACUGAGCCUCCCGGAGCCCCGGGGACUUCACACCGACAGCAGCAGCUCCUCCGCCGGCCUCCGGUACCCACGGUGAGUCGACGAGCUUUGGUCCGGCCGUCGGGGCCGCCUCGCCGGGAACGCUGAAGAAAAAUCCCCGCGGCCUGCUUCUCGGAGCUAGCUGAGUGCGGGUGGCAGUGCGGGGGUGGCGGGACUGUGCGGGAGAGAUCAGUGCACACGUCACAUGAGCAGCAUGUACAACAACUGCAUCCGGUGUAGAUUUUCAGAGUAAAGGCCGAGGUAGAGAAAUAAAGGGUUGAACGCGGAGAGAGCAGCUUCAUCUUCACGCAGUGACCUCAUUAUUAUCUAAACUUUAAUAAACUCCGCGUGUCCGCUCAAACUCGUCGCACGAGCCUCUGUUUGUAACGGCGGCGCCACUUUCUUCUGUUUUAUUUUGGCGCCGUGCCCGCGGUAACUUCCGGUCUGCGAUGCUAGCCGCCGUUAGCUUGACGAGCUAACCGCCGCGGAGCUGUGAUCUCCAUUUUGGCUCGGCGACCUCUCCCGAACUGCCCGACACGCUGCCCGAGCCCCGGCCCGAGCCCCGGCCCGAGCCCCGGCCCGAGCCCCGCUUCACACGGCCCCUCAGCGGCUCCUGCGUGGACUGACAGCCCGCUGAAUGCGUGAAUGUCCCGCGGCGGCGCUGCGGGGGCGGGCGGGCGAUGGCGAGGCCGAGCCACAGCGAUCACGUCCUCCAGCAGCUCAACAACCAGCGGGAGUGGGGCUUCCUAUGCGACUGCCUCAUCGCCAUCGGCGACAUCUACUUCAGGGCGCACAAGGCCGUGCUGGCGGCCUGCAGCUCGUACUUCAGGAUGAUGUUCAUCCGGGACCAGCAGGGGGCGGGUCGCCUGGACCUGAGCAACAUGCAGAUCAGCGCAGAGUGCUUCGACCUCAUCCUGCAGCUCAUGUACCUCGGACGCAUUGUCGUGGGCAGCUACGAGUUCGAGGAGCUCAAAGCCUCCAUGGCGUACCUGCAGAUGUACUACAUCCCUGACUCGCUGGAUGAUCUCAGGGACAUCCGGAGCUCCAACCUCACCCCAUCCUCCUCCGCCUCUGCCUCCGCCUCCUCCUCCUCCAGCUCCUCCACGGGCCCUGCCGGAGGGAAGAUGAUGUUUGGAGUCCGCAUGUUCGAGCAGCAGAGGGCUGCUGCACCUGAAGGUGAGCGCCUACCGAAGGCCAUCAGCAGCACCGCCGGGCGUCUGGUCGUUCCAGCUGCCGUCAGCAGACCAGCAGGGGCGGCUGGGGCAGCGGUGGUGGAGGAGGUGGUGAACGCUCCUCUUAUCGUGGCGCCGCCAGUGGUGGAUGGAGGAGUCGAGCAGCCGUGUGAUUUGAGGAAGAGGUCUGGCGGCAGGAGUUCGGCUCUCAAAGACCGUCCGCGGUUCGGCCGCACGUACACCUGCGACGACUGUGGCUUCGUGUUUAGCUGCGAGAAGCUUCUAAUCGAACACAUCCUGACCUGCACCAACCGGAAGGCCUUCCACCAGCCGAGGGGUAACACCGACGGCGACAACGACUCCAGUAAAGCUGAGAGCUCCGCCUCCGAGAGCGCAGAGGAGCACAGGGUCACUUGUAAGGGCGAGGACGACUGGCCCGAGGCCAAGGCCGACUCUGACCUCGCCAUCCGCUCGGUGGCCGCCGGGACAGACGGCAUGCCGGGGUCGACCCGGGGCACGUCCAUCAAGACAGAACCGGAGGAAAGCAUAUUCCCCGAGAUUGAGGUGGUCCGGGUAGGCGACCACGCAAACAGAGACUGCAGUGCACGGUUCGUUGACGCCUCGCGAAGGGAAAAAAGCGCGUCAGACCGCGAGCCGGAGCCCGGUGUGUCUGGCGUAGAUCACAGCAGUGAACCAUUCGAAGGCCACAUGUCCAGCAGCGAAGACUCAGGAAUCCCGGCCAAGCUAAGGAAGGUCAAAGACGAGAGGCAGGACGCCGAUGGCACCCCCUGUGAACUGUGUGGCGCUCUGCUAACGGAGGAAGACAAGUCGGCCCACUACCUGUCCAACCACAUGGGCCACAUCUGCGCCUGUGGGCGGUGUGGUCAGGUGCUCAUCAAAGGCCGCCAGCUGCAGGAACACGCCGAGCGCUGCGGUGAAUCCCAGGGCGGCGAGUCGGACUCCCACGGGGAAGACGAGGCGUCGCUGCUGGAGGAGCCGCAGGGCAUGAUGGAGGAGGGCCUGCUGGAGGCGGCCGACCUGGCCUGCUCGCACUGCGGGUUGCUGUUCCAGAAUGAGAGCCUGGCGCUGGAGCACGCCUUGUCCUGCCACGACCAGGAGCUGUUCCGCCCGGUGCUGCUGGAGGAGGGCGGUGAGCCGGACCACCGCCGCAAACACUUCUGCAGCAUCUGUGGCAAAGGCUUCUACCAGCGCUGCCACCUGCGGGAGCAUUACACCGUCCAUACCAAGGAGAAGCAGUUCACCUGCCAGACCUGCGGGAAGCAGUUCCUGCGCGAGCGCCAGCUCCGGCUGCACACCGACAUGCACAAAGGCAUGGCACGCUACGUGUGCCCGGUGUGCGACCAGGGCACCUUCCUGAAACACGACCACGUCCGACACAUGAUCUCACACCUGUCGGCCGGGGAAACCAUCUGCCAGGUGUGCUUCCAGAUCUUCCCCGGCGGCGAGCAGCUGGAGAAGCACAUGGACGUCCACCUGUACAUCUGCGGAGUCUGCGGAGAGAAGUUCCGCCUCCGGAAAGACAUGAGGAGCCACUAUAACUCCAAACACACCAAGAGACUAUAGGAGGGGCCGGGCCGAGCUGGGCCGAGCCGAGCCGAGCCGGGCCGAGCCGGGCCGGCCUGGUCUCUGCAUUUAUACGAGUUUGUUACUAAAGAAGCCAUAAAUGUGAGAACAAAUGUCUGCACUUGAACACCAAAAAUAACUUUUUAAUCUGCACUUUGAAACUAUAUGCACGGCCUGAAGGGGGCGCUCACACUGCGAGCAGCAAGGCUCCUGAUUGGUCAAUCAGCUGACGAGCCUGAAUAUUAACAGACCAGCUGGUCUCAGAAACUCAGAGUCAAACUCCCAGCAUGCCUUGGUUUGUGUUGCUCGCAGUGUGAAUGUCAGACGGGCGGCGAGGCAUGGUCCGGUUUGGUCCGACCCGGUUUGGUCCGACCCGGUUCAGUCCAUCUUCUCGCGCCCGUAGAGCUUCGGUUCGAUGUCUUCGAGCUUAGAUGUCAGUUUAUCUCGUAGAAUACUAAAAACUCGCCCGGCGAGUGUCCGGCUGAAUCCUGCGCUCUGAUUCGUUGCCGUGUGACGCGGCGCUCGCUGUGAUUGGUGCCUUUACUGUAACAGCGGGCGAGUGGCGGGGCGUCGUCUGCCUUCCUGUCUUCUUCACCGUGAUGCAUGAUGGGAGAAUAUUUGAAGAUUGUCGAAACACUAGCAGAGGUCGGCUCUUUGUUCACACCUGUACACACCUGUACACACCUGUACACCUGUCUACAUGUGCAUUGCAUGCUGGGACAUGGAGGAGUGAGGUGACGUGCUCUUCCUGUCCUCCAGACACAGCCGACCAAUCAGAAGAGAGAGUUUUAGUCUGAACUCCUCCUCCUAUUCAGACCAGAGUGAACAGGCCACAACAAGUUCAGAACCGGCUGCGGCGCUGCUCGCCCAGAACCUGUUAGAAUAUGCAAACUGACCCAAACAAGAACCAAACCAAACAUUUCAGAACACGUGUAAACUGGUUCUGAGCUGGGACCGGCUCCGGCCCAGUGGCAGACCGGCGAGCAGUAACUAGUUAAAAGACUGAAUAGGUUCAGAACCACCUGCACCAGUCUGUGACCCAAAACCCAAAAAAGUUUUUCAGAUCAAAUCCAGUUCAUAGGGAGUUAAUGUAACCAGUCCAGAACCAACCUCAAAGGCCUUCAGUCCAGAACUUACCAGGUCAGACCCAUUUCAAGCGACCCCAGAUGUUUCAGAACCAGUUCAGACCCAGUUCACUUCAUAAACCAGGUCCAAACAGACCCAAAAAGUUCAGAUCAAAAACACAUAGGAAACUUUAACCAGUUUGACGAACCUGGUUCUGAACCGACAUAAAGUAGUUCAACUUAAACUGGUCCAGAACCAACCUCAAAGGCCUUUGGUCCAGUUCAGAACGGAUCUCGUCCAUCUCGACCGGUUUGAAGCGACCCCGGAUGUAAAACAGUCGGUACUGGCUGGACGCCGUGAGCGGCGCCUCCUCGCCUUCAGACAAUCACGUCCUGUUUCUUCUCUCGCUGCCUUGACCCGGUUCAAACUAAACCAGUUUAUUGAAAGGGCACUUUAAGACAGAACCACGUUCAAACCGGUCCAGGACCGACUGCAAUCAGAACGGGUUCAUACCAAACGGCUCCAGUCCAGUUCACGAGGUCCGACUGAACGUUGGUGUCAGCUGAUCUGAAGCUUCUUCUUCGUGUGUUCCUGAUGUUUGAAUUAAAGCUCUUCAUAAACAAUGAA